GCGCACCGCCUCUCCGGCCCGGCGCCCCGCUGGCGCUCCAGCCCCGCCUCCGCACGCGCCCCCGCCCCGGGCACCUCUGAUUGGCGGUGGGCCGGGCCAGCAGGUGUCGGCGGCCGCUGCGGCCAGGCUGGCCCCAGCUGCCUGCGGCGCGGGCGCCUCCCUCGCAGCCGCUGCCACCGCCGCGCUCCCCGCCUUCUGCCCGCUCCCCGGCUCCCUCUGCGGCUGGGGUUCUGGCGGCCGAGCCCCCAGGGCGCUGCAGCUUAGAUCCGGCGCGCCUACAGACCCGCGCCCCUGUCUCUCUGCUCGCAGCUCGCUCAUCCACGCACCGCGCCGCGCUGCUGCGGCAGGUGCCCCAGGCGUCCUGAAGCGCGGUGGCCGCCAUCGAUGACCCGGGCCACGGAACUGCUCCAGCCCGGCCACCCCUUGUCUUGUGUCAUCAUCUGUACUUGGUAUUAAAUCAUGGGGAGGAAGCUGGACCUGUCUGGUCUGACUGAUGAUGAAACAGAGCACGUUCUCCAGGUGGUUCAGCGAGACUUCAAUCUUCGAAAAAAAGAGGAAGAACGGCUAAGCGAGAUGAAACAGAAGCUGGCAGAGGAAGGCAGCAAGUGCAGCAUCCUCUCGAAGCACCAGAAAUUUGUGGAGCACUGCUGCAUGCGCUGCUGCUCGCCUUUCACCUUCCUGGUCAACACCAAGCGCAGGUGUGCCGACUGCACGUUCAACGUCUGCAAGAGCUGCUGCUCCUACCAGAAGCGCGAGAAGGUGUGGAUCUGCUGUGUCUGCCAGCAAGCCAGGCUUCUGAGGACCCAGUCUCUGGAAUGGUUCUACAGUAACGUGAAGAGCCGCUUCAAACGCUUUGGCAGCGCCAAGGUCUUGAAGAACCUGUACCGGAAACACCGGCUGGAGAGUGGGGCGUGCUUCGACGUUCUAGGAGGAAACUUUUUCGAGGCAAACCUGGAGAAUGAAGGAAGUAUUUCAGGCAGUGAUUCAACAUUUUAUAGACAGUCAGAAGGACACAGCAUGAUGGACACCUUGGCUGUCGCCCUGCGGGUGGCUGAAGAGGCCAUCGAGGAGGCGAUUUCCAAAGCAGAAGCCUACGGGGACAGUCUGGACAAGCAGAACGAGGCCAGCUACCUGCGGGACCACAAGGAAGAGUUGACCGAGGAACUGGCCACAACUAUCCUGCAGAAGAUCAUAAGGAAACAGAAGAGCAAAGGCGAGCAGCAAAUGGAAGAAGAGCCAGAGUGGUUGCAGCCCCAGAGCUGCAUGGCCGAGGCAGCUGACCCGGGGACCGCCACACCCCCAGGAGGCCCCCAAGCUCCCUGCACCCUCUGGCAGUCCCAGUCUGCGUUCUCACUUCCCAGAGAGGACGCCCUGAAGCCCCCUUCCCUGGACGCUGCUUCGAGACCGCGGAGGAGCCAGGCCCAGCCACUGCGGGAGGAGGCGACCUUGCCCAGCUGGAAGAGCACGGACAGGCUGGACGAGACAAACCUGGCCGAGGUUUUGCAGAGCCCCGAUGGGAACUGGGUGGCCCUGAAGGAUGGUACUCUGCCACCCACCCGUCUGCUGGCCAAACCUAAGAGUGGCACGUUCCAGGCCCUGGAGGCAGCCUCCAGCGUGGCCUCUGCCUACGACGAGAUGGGCUCUGACAGCGAGGAGGACUUUGACUGGAGUGAGGCCUUGAGUACACUGUGCCCACGGACCCGAGGCCAGCCCAGGAACCCCCAGCCUCAGCCCACACAGGCCCAGAGCUUGCACCAAGGCCCAUCAGCCGCCAACUCUGGGCUCUCUCCGAACCCCGAGGCCAUGUGUUCCGACUCGGAGACCUCCUCUGCAGGCUCUUGCCGGGAAGCUGGGCGCCGGGCAAGACUGUCCUGGCUGCCGAGGAAGGCCCCCAGGGACCCCACAGCAGAGAAGCUGCGCCUGCAGGGAGAACUGGACGUGAACUUCAACCCCCAGGCCCCCAGCAGGGAGACCUCAGACAGCAGCGAGCCUGAAGAGGCCCCCUACGCCAUGGACCGGAAGACCAGGAGGUGGAGAAGGGCCCGCGUGGGCUCCGAGGAGCCAAGUGAGGAAUUGUCUUCUCCCAACGCCCAUUCCCAGGGGCUGGACAUACAACAGGUGUCGGGUGAUUUGUCAGAGACUGACCUCAGUAAUGAACCUCAGCACCCUCGGACCAGGGUGGCCACCACCGAGGAGAAACUGAGAAACAGGCUGUAUGAGUUAGCAAUGAAAAUGAGUGAGAAGGAGACAUCUUCGGGAGAAGAUCAGGAGUCAGAGCCCAAGACAGAGUCUGAGAACCACAAGGAAAGUCUGUCCUCUGAAGACAACAGCCAGGGUGUCCAGGAAGAGCUGAAGAAGAAGUAUUCUGCUGUUUCUCUCUGCAACAUCUCCACAGAAGUCUUGAAGGUCAUCAAUGCCACAGAGGAGCUGAUAGCAGAGUCCUCAGGGCCCUUGGAGUUCCCACCUGUUCCUCCCGACAGAGAGAAGGGGACAUUUCCUCUCGGGAUAGACCAAGUGAGACUGGAUGAGCAGCUGACUUCCCUGGAAGAAAACGUAUACCUGGCGGCAGGCACCGUGUACGGACUGGAAGGCCAACUGAAUGAGCUGGAGGAUGCAGCCCGCUGCAUCCACAGUGGCACCGAUGAGACCGAGCUGGCAGAUCUGGAGGACCAGGUGGCCACGGCGGCAGCCCAGGUCCACCAUGCUGAACUCCAGAUUUCUGAUAUCGAGAGCCGGAUUUCAGCUCUGACCAUUGCCGGAUUAAACAUAGCACCGUGUGUGCGCCUCACGAGAAAACGAGAGCAGAAGCAAAGGAACCAGGUACAAACCAUAGACACAUCAAGGCAGCAGAGAAGGAAACUGCCUGCCCCACCAGUGAAAGCUGAAAACAUGGAGGCAUCUUCAGUGACCACCACGAAAACAUUUAACCGCAACUUCGUUCUCCAAGGCUCCUUGACAAACAGGACUAAUGAAAGGAAAAACACCACCAAGGAUUUGAUGGAGCCUACUCUGGAGUCAGCGGUGAUGUAUUAGCGCUCCGGGACUCCACUGCCAAUGACCCACUGCCUCCGGCCGUACACGACAGUGCCUUGACCCCACAGCCAUCGAAUACUGUGCGGAUUUCCACCCGAGGAGAGGGCCUGGGGAGGCCAUGGUGCACCACUGCACAGGGCUGUCCCGAUACCUCACCCAGCAAGCAGUCCUGGACUUGGGCGCUGCCGGCUUGCCCACUCUCUGCCUUAGGCUCCCAGGGGAAUCCCAGACAGCAAACUGAGAUGCUGGCUUCCAACAGCAGAGCUCCGUGUUCAAAAGAUGCAUCUUUUCCCUAUCCGCUUUGCUACUGUGUGUUGUCUUUAAGAUUGUUUUGGGUUUUGGUUUUUUGGGUUUUUUUGGUCCCUCUCAUUCAAGUAGAAGUACGUGCCAACAGUUAUUUGUCCAAAGGAAAACUACUGGGGGUUGGGGGGUGGAAGGAAGGGAGAUCUGUAUCAUCAUUUAAUUCAUCAUCAGGUCUUGCUAAUCUCUCACAAGCAUCUUUGUCCCACAAGUGCUAAGGAAAAAAAAGUGCAGACGCCCCUGUAGUGAACAUCAGGACUGUCCCAUUUGGGGAGCGUGCACCCAGAGAGGAUGCUGCCUUUCAGCCACCUCCUUCCUGGGCAGUUCCAACCUCCCCCGCACCCGGCACAGCCAGUCAUUCCCAUCGCUUUGCCAUCACAAGCCACGAAGUGGAAGCUCUGCCUCACUCAUGCCAUGUCCAGGCCUAUCUGAAACAAGGUCUCAUUGAGAAUUCAGGGCUCUUCCCUGGACUUACGGACAGUCUCUUCACUCUGAAGGGGGGUGGAACUUGAGAACGCCUACCAUUGGCUUAACUUUAGGGCACUGUCCAGAAUCCACAUGACGUGGUUUAGCAAUGGCCAUGCGUCUAAUGGGGUUUGGGUAAAUGGAUUCUUGCAGACAAUAACCACGUGAGAAAUUGUCCUCCAAAAUUUAUUUCCCAAAUAAAUAUUCAGCAAAAGUAAUAGAAUGACCUUAAAA